AUGUCUCAAGUUCAAAGUUCCGGAUUGGCAGACCUUGAGAAAGAGCUGAUAUGCUCGAUUUGUACCGAGCUACUCUACCAGCCCCUCACUCUCCUCGACUGCCUCCAUACUUUCUGUGGAUCCUGCGUGAAAGAAUGGUUCUCCGCACAAGGGUCGCGUCGUUCCCGUGCCUCGCCUCGAUUCACCUGUCCAGCCUGUCGCGCUGAAGUGCGCGAGACCCGCCCAAAUGCCACUGUGACAACCCUGCUGGAUAUGGUCCUGACCGCACACCCCGAUCGUGCAAGAGCGGCAGAUGAAAAGGCAGAAAUCGCUACGAAAUACACACACGGCGAGUCAGUGUUCCCAGCACUUCCUUCCGGCGGGGAAAGCGCGGAGGAGGAUGGAGUGGAGGAUGGACGAAUUCUAGCGGAGGUACGCGAGCUGAGUCUACGCGAAAGCCGGGCGCAAGCUAGGCGCGAGACACGGCGGACAGGACAAUCUUCACGGACGCGCGAGAGAAGCACCAAUACCGAGAGGCCUGCGGAGGACGGCCGCUCAAGGCGUCGGAGGGAUGAUGAUACAACGCAGCAGCACCAUACAUCACGUCCCGACGAUUCAGACCGCACGCGACGGGUGGAGCAUCAAUCCAGUUUGCGGUCAUUACUGAGUUUAUCAUCGGAUGUGGAGACCAUGGAAGAAGAGAUCUUGCGGCAAAUUCUCGAGGACGGAUUGCUGGACAACAUCAAUCUUGACAACCUCGGGCCAAGACAAGAAGAGGAACUCAGUGAGCGCAUUGCGGAUGCCUACCGUCGGAAGCAUAUGCAAAGAUCCCAGCCUCGUCAGCGGCAAGAACAGGGACCAGAACAGCGACCAGAGGCCGACGGAGCUACGCGAACACAUACGACCACCAGUUUCAAGACCGCAUCUGUUCGAUUCGCCUCCCACGCGGCCGAGCACCGCGGGUCACCAGAGGCACAGCUCGGAACAAGUGAGUGGUCGUCCAAGGACCUCGCCCGUCCGAACUAA